CAUCUCCAAUUCUCUCCAUCACAUCCACAAAUUAACAUCUCCGCCAUUUGCACCAAAAUGGCAUCCCUCCUCAAGCUCUUCAUCUCCAUCCUCGCCACAACCCUACUCGCCACCUCCCAACUCGCAAACUCCGGCGACCCCGACAUCCUCUCCGACUUCAUCCUCCCACCGGACCUCCCCGAACCCGACGAGCACUUCUUCACGUUCAACGGCACACGUGGCAUCUUCGACGCCACCUCCGACUCCCCCGACCAGCAAAAAACCACCAAGCUCACAAAAAUCACCAUGGAAGAGUUCCCCGCCCUCAACGGGCAGGGCGUCUCCCUCGCCGUCCUCCAGCUCCCCGUGGGGUGCACCUACCCUCCCCACAGCCACCCACGCGCCGCCGAGAUCAUCCUCGUCGUCCGCGGCAGCAUCACGGUCGGGCUCGUCGGCUCCGACGACGGCGACUGCCUCUACACCCAGACGCUUGAGGCUGGGGACAUGUUCGUGUUCCCUAAGGGGCUCGUACACUUCCAGCAGAACGCCGGGGAGGAGGACGUCAUUGCUGUUUCGGCGUACGGCAGUGCGAACGCGGGACAGGUGUCGAUCCCGGAUUCGGUGUUCGGGAGCGGGAUCGAGGAUGGGAUGUUGGCGGAUGCGUUCAGGACUAACAUCACCGUUGUUCAGGAUAUCAAGGCUGGGUUUCAGUAGCAAGAACUAUAUAUAUAUUUAUGUAAUACCAUAAAUAAGGCCUUUUAUAUUCCAAUGGCUAGUUUCAAUAUCUUGUAAUGUUCAUUUUUAUCUUAAUUAAAUGUGUGUAACAUUUUUAGCAUAUCGUGGAAUCGAGUUUCAGGUUGUUAAUUAGUACUGCAAAUUUGGUGUAUCUCGCAUUUCGUACGUUGUUCUUCAGAUCGAUUGACAAGGUUUUUUUUUUUCUUUUUUUUCUUCAUGUAGUCAUGUGAGAGGGAUGAGGCAACGGAAACCUGGUGGGAUUGUGGUUGUUAAUUUUGUUUGUUAAAUUAUUGUUUGUCAGCUGCGCCAAACGUGUUGGAGAGGUUAAAAAGAACGUGGAGAAAUUGUUAAGUAGGAAUUUUUUCUGGUGGAGUUAUUUGAUGGGGUUUGGGUAUGUCAUCUACUUGCAGUUGCAGAGGCAAUGCUGUUACAACACAAGGGUGGCAUGCAUGGCUGGUGGCUGCAUGAAAAUGCUGUUACAAUACAAGAGUUUGGUCUAAUUAAGUAGUAUUAUCGUUGGUUUUCAACCCAAAAGGUCUAAAGUUUGAAGUUUGUUAACCAACACUUAAUUAACAAUAAAAACAAACCUAUGUCACACCAGUAAAAAAAGGGUAAUGAUAUUCUAAUAAGCAUUUUGAUUUCUUACGAAACAAGUGGCAGCUUUUAUAGGAUGUCCAUUUUUUUCCUACCCGGAGGAGCCUGUAAAGAGGGAUGGCGGAUUCAAUCUGAUCCGUUUUAUCCGGUGUUAUUAAAACCGGACCGAGCCGGCCGAUUGGACCGCUAAAGCCGCCAUUCGGGCUUAAAACCAACUCGGGGCAAUCAUUUAGCCGCUACGAUUUUAUGGAGCGGCCGGCGAGAGGCCGAGGCGGUUAACCGCUCGAGUCGCUUGAACCGGUCGCUCGGUUUUCCCCUUCCGGUCGUUAUUUUUAAUAAAAAAACUGAAAAAGAAAAUCGAAAAUUGAAAACAAAAGGCAAAAUCGUGGGGCUGGGAAAGAAACGCUAACUCUAAUUCAAUUUUCGUCUUCGACUCUUCGUGAACAAAGGGAGAAGAGCGGCGCCAAACCCUGCCACCGUCAACACUUCCCGUCAUGGCUUCCCGUCGCCAUCCCCAGUCAGCGUAGCAGCUCCUAGUUCACAAUCGCCAGUUUACGUCCCCAUCCCCUCUUCCCGUAGCAACUCCUCCGCUCCGUCGUCACUUCACUUCCCGGCGCUUCCCGUCGCCAUCCCCUGUCCCUAUAGUCGCUCCCUGCUUGCAUGUUUUGGAAUUGUUAAGAGUGUAUUUUACUAAUUUAGUCAUGGUUUACCAUGAUUAAGAAGUGUUCACGUACUAUUUAUACUGAUUGUUUAUUAGGUACUGGCUUUCUAACGGUUUAAUACCGGUUAAACCGCUAAAGACCGAGUCAUUCACAUUAUCGGGUCAUACUCCGAUUCGCUUUUGACAACAUUAGUUUUAUCCGAUUUGUUUGGCUUGUUUUAGUGUGGGUAGUACCUGCCCUUUAGAUGGGGCGGGCCACGUAUGUGUACUCUUCUCAACUUGAUUUUCUCUAAUCCGCCUCAUUCUCGACCCAUUUUUGUCUAAAUUACAUGUAAUAUUACUCAAAUAACUUAGGACUUUACUUUUAUUACCACAGAUUUAGCUACAAUGAAGUUGUAAAUAGGUG